GAAGCGUCCCUCAUAAAAAGCAAGGCAGUAGAGGCGAAUGUUUGUUUUGGAGUUAUUUUUAGCCGCAGAUCCACAAACUGUUUACCUUGUCAGCCUGAGAUACAGUUGAAUUUUGCAUGGAGGAGCCAAAAAAAAGAAAGAGGGAGAGGGAAAUGGCUCUGCGUGUGUGUGUGUGUGUAGGCAUUCCCUUGGCCGCGGGAGGUGGUAGAGACUCUUCAGGCUAUUAUCACGAAGCUCCGCUAAUAUAGCUCCGGACUCACGUGACUGCAGAAAAGGCCAUUCUCUCGACGAGAAGAAAACCGCUUCUCCCGGGCCCGAGGCCGGACGGAUCGUCGCCGGGCCGGAGGGGCCUAGGAGGACCCGGCCGGCCGCCGCCACGGAGGACCGCUCGGCCGCCCCUGGAAGCGGCCGACGGAGGAGAUAAGCUCCGGUCACCCCCUCUCCGGCCCGCCCUCCUCCUCCCCCUCUUCCUCCUCCCCCGCACACGGCAUGUGCCUCGCUGUACAUGGAGAGCUGACGUUGGUCGGGGCUGACGGACGCCGGUCAUCUCCGCGGCGAGGAAUCCGAUGGUCACUCGGCUGAUAUGUGUUCACGAUGAGUGGGAUGGGAGAAAACGCCUCUGACCCGACCCGGGCAGAGCCCAGAAAGCGCAAAGAAUGUCCGGACCAGCUGGGACCCAGCCCGAAGAGGAACGCCGAGAAACGCAACCGCGAGCAGGAGAAUAAAUACAUCGAAGAGCUGGCGGAGCUGAUUUUUGCGAAUUUCAACGACAUCGACAACUUCAACUUCAAACCCGACAAAUGUGCAAUCCUGAAAGAGACUGUGAAGCGAAUCCGUCAGAUCAAAGAACAAGAGAAAGCCGCAGCGGCCGCCAACGUGGACGAGGUCCAGAAGUCAGACGUGUCUUCUACGGGACAGAGCGUCAUCGACAAGGACGCCCUGGGACCGAUGAUGCUCGAGGCCCUCGACGGAUUCUUCUUCGUGGUGAACCCGGAGGGCAACGUGGUGUUCGUCUCGGAGAACGUGACGCAGUACCUGCGCUACAACCAAGAGGAGCUGAUGAACACCAGUGUCUACAGCAUCCUGCACGUGGGAGACCACAACGAGUUAGUCCGAAACCUGCUGCCCAAAUCCAUAGCCCCGUCCCCGACGGUGAACGGAGUCCUGUGGUCCGGCGAGACGCCACGGCGGAACAGCCAUACCUUCAACUGCCGGAUGUUGGUCAAGCCGCUCACCGAGUCGGAGGAGGAAGGCCAGGAUAACCAGGAAGCACAUCAGAAAUAUGAAACUAUGCAGUGCUUUGCCGUUUCGCAACCAAAGUCCAUCAAGGAAGAAGGAGAAGAACUGCAGGCCUGCCUGAUUUGCGUGGCCAGAAGAGUCCCCGUGAAGGAGAGGCCGCUUCUUCCCUCAUCCGAAAGCUUCACCACGCGCCAGGAUCUCCAAGGCAAGAUCACCUCCCUGGACACCAGCACCAUGCGGACGGCCAUGAAGCCGGGGUGGGAGGAUCUGGUGAGACGUUGCAUCCAGAGGUUCCACGCCCAACACGAGGGCGACAUCUCAUUCUCCAAGAGGCAUCACCAGGAAGUGCUGCGGCAGGGCCUGGCCUUCAGCCCCAUCUACCGAUUCUCCCUGUCGGACGGCACGAUCGUGGCCGCCCAGACCAAGAGCAAGCUCAUCCGCUCGCAGACUACUAACGAACCUCAGCUCGUCAUAUCGCUGCACACGCUGCACAGGGAGCAGAACGUGUGCGCGAUGAGCCCGCAGCAGGAGCCGGGCGGCCCGGCGCCGGGGAAGGUGCUGAGCGCCGUGAGCGGAGGCGGCCCCGCCCACCAGCCCCCGGUCCCGGACGCGCCCAACGGCGGCGGCGGCUUCGCCCUCAACGGCCCCAAGGAGCCGGCGGGCCUGGCCGGGGCCCGGUUCGCGGGCGUGGCGGCGGGGGGCCCGAGCCACGGCGCGCCCACUCCUCAGGGUACGAACUACGCACUCAAGACGAACAGCCCCUCGCACGGCAGCCCCGGCCUGCCCCCCGGGGGCGGCGGGGGUCCGGCGGCGGGCUCCAUGCUGUCGCCGCGGCACCGGGUCAGCCCCGGCGUGGCCGGGAGCCCCCGGAUCCCCCCCGGCCAGUUCUCCCCCGCCGCCGGGAGCCUGCACUCCCCCGCGGGCGUGUGCAGCAGCACAGGAAAUAGCCAUAGCUACGCCAACAGCUCCCUGAACGCCCUGCAGGCCCUGAGCGAGGGGCACGGGGUGGCCCUGGGCCCGCCCCUGGCCUCGCCCGACCUCAAGCCGGUCCACCUGCAGAACUCCCCCGGCCACCUGAACCCGCCCCCGCUGGCCAAGACGGGCGGCCCGGACUCGAAAGACUGCUUCGGCCCGUACGCCGAGGCCCCGGAGGGCAGCCCCGGGCCGGCCGAGGGCGGGGAGCGGGCCGAGGCCCCGGGCCGCCCGCACGACGCCAAGGGCCAGACCAAGCUCCUGCAGCUGCUCACCACCAAAUCGGACCAGACGGAGCCCUCCCCGCUGCCCGGCCCGCUGGGCGAGGCGGGCAAGGACCCCGGGCCGGGCCCCGGCGGGCCGGGCGGCUCCACCCACGGGAUCUCGCUCAAGGAGAAGCAUAAGAUUUUGCACAGGCUCCUGCAGGACAGCAGCUCCCCCGUGGACCUGGCCAAGCUGACGGCCGAGGCCACGGGCAAGGAGCCCGGCCAGGAGCCGGCCGGCCCGCCCUCGGCCGAGGCGACCGUCAAGCAGGAGCCCGUCAGCCCCAAGAAGAAGGAGAACGCGUUACUGCGCUACUUGCUGGACAAGGACGACAGCAAGGACGUGGGCCUGCCCGACGUGGGCCCCAAGCCGGAGCGCCUGGACGGGAAGGCCGACCCCGCCGGUGCCCCCAAGCUGCUGGCCUUGAAGGUGGAGAAGGAGGAGGUGGGCUACGAGCCCGGAGAUCAGCCCGGCAGCGACCUGGACAACCUGGACGAGAUCCUGGACGACCUGCAGAACAGCCAGCUGCCGCAGCUGUUCCCGGACACCCGGCCGGGCCCCCCCGCCCCCGCCCCCGCCGCCCCCGCCCCGGCCGCCGCCUCGGUCGACAAGCAAGCCAUCUUCAACGACCUCAUGCAGUUCACGGCCGAGAACAUUCCCAUGGGCCCCUCCGGGGCCACCAAGGCGGCGCUCAGAAUCUCCCAGACCACUUUUACCAACCCCCGGCCGGGCCAGCUGGGCAGGUUACUGCCCAACCAGAACCUGCCGCUGGACAUCGCGUUGCAGAGCCCCACCGGAGCCGGACCAUUCCCCCCGCUGAGAAACAGCAGCCCCUAUCCAGCGAUACCUCAGCCCGGCACCGUGGCCACCCAGGGGAACCUGGGGAGCGGCACUGCAGGGAUGAUGGGGGGCGGCACCUCCCGCGCCCCCAUGCCAUCCGGGGAGUGGGGGGCCCCGGCCUCCUCGGUGAGGGUCACCUGCGCGGCCCCCAACAGCGCCCUGAGUCGGCCGAUUCAAGGAGGGCUGAUCCGCAACCCCACCGGCGGCCUCUCCAUGCGGCCCGGGGCCCAGGCCAGCGGCCAGAGGACCAUGCUCCAGUCUCAGGUCAUGAAUAUCGGGCCGUCGGAGUUGGAGAUGAAUAUGGGGGGCCCACAGUAUAGCCAGCAGCAAGCCCCUCCCAACCAGACGGCGCCCUGGCCGGAAAGCAUCCUCCCGAUCGACCAGACCUCUUUCGGCGGUCAGAGCAGGCAACCGUUCGGGAGCUCCUCCGACGAGCUGCUCUGUCCGCAUCCCGCCUCCGAGUCUCCGAGCGACGAGGGCUCCCUCCUGGACCAGCUCUACCUGGCCUUGCGGAACUUCGACGGCCUGGAGGAGAUCGACCGGGCCCUGGGCAUCCCCGAGCUGGUCAGCCAGAGCCAGGCCGUGGACCCCGAGUCGUUCGCGGGCCAGGAGGCCGGGCUUCUCCUGGACCAGAAGGGGCCGGUGUUCCCUCAGCAGUACGCCUCCCAGGCGCAGAUGGCCCAGGGCGCCUACGGCGCCGCCCUGCAGGACCCCAGCUUCCACGCCCUCGGCCAGAGGCCGGGCUACGCCGCGCUCCGGAUGCAGCCCCGGCCCGGCCUCCGGCCCGCGGGGCUCGUGCCCGGCCAGCCCAACCAACUGCGGCUUCAGCUCCAGCAUCGGCUCCAGGCCCAGCAGAACCGCCAGCCCCUGCUCAACCAGAUGGGCAGCGUGCCCGGCAUGAGCCUGCCGCUGCGGGCCGGCAUGCCCGCCCAGGGCCCGAUCAACGCCCAGAUGCUGGCCCAGAGGCAGAGGGAGAUCCUCAACCAGCACCUGCGGCAGAGGCAGCUGCAGCAGCAGCAGGUGCAGCAGCAGGUGCAGCAGCAGCAGCAGGCGGUGCAGCAGCAGCGCACGCUGAUGAUGCGCGGCCAGGGGCUGAGCCUGACGCCCAGCAUGGUGGCCUCGGGGGGCCUCACGGCCACGAUGAGCAGCCCCAGGAUCCCCCAGUCCAGCGCCCAGCAGUUCCCGUUUCCGCCCAACUACGGGAUGAGUCAACAACCUGACCCCAGCUUCACGGGGGUGACCGCGCCCCAGAGCCCCCUGAUGUCCCCCAGAAUGGCGCACACCCAGAGUCCCAUGAUGCAACAGUCUCAGGCUAAUCCGACCUACCAGUCCUCUUCCGAGAUGAACGGGUGGGCCCAGGGGAACAUGGGUGGAAACAGCAUGUUUCCGCAACAGUCCCCGCCGCACUUCGGGCAGCAGGCCGGCGCCAGCAUGUACAACAGCGUGAACAUCAGCGUCUCCAUGGCGACCAACUCCGGCGGCAUCAACAGCAUGAGCCAGCUGACGGGCCAGAUCGGCAUGACCUCAGUGACCUCGGUGCCUCCGGCGGGAUUGUCCUCCAUGGGUCCCGAGCAGGUGAACGAUCCUGCGAUGAGAGGAGGCAACCUGUUUCCCAGCCAGCUGCCUGGGAUGGACGUGGUCAAGCAGGAGGGAGACGCAUCGAGGAAAUACUGCUGACCCUGAUGGCCGCCGGCCGCUCUGUCCCCGAGUGGGCCGGGGGGGGGGACCCCGGGGGCCCGGGACCCCAGCCGCUCCGACGCGCCGGCCGAGAACCGCCAGCGGGACUCCCCCGCCGGACGCCUCCACGGUCGCGCCCGGGACGGCGUCUCCCGUGCGUCGUCCCCCCGUCGCCGCCGGGCGGGCCGGAGCUCGCGUCCGGAGGGACGGACGGACGGACGGACUGACGGGAGGACGGGCGGUCCGCCCACAGCAUUCACCUUAGUGCAACUUAGAUCUCUCCUGCGAAGUUAACGCUGACUGGCACUUUUCAGAGACCGUGUCAGAUUGAAUGUAUUUCGGUGUCUGUAUUUAAGGACCCUUACCCCCUCGUCCCUCCCCCCCGCCCCGGCCCCGUACCUCUCCCGCCCCC